AUGCGCGUGCUUGUCAUCGGCGCUGGCUUUGGCGGCCUCUGCCUGGCAAAUGGCCUUGCACGACAAAAAGGCAUCAUAGUCGACGUCUUCGAACGACACGCCGAUCCGUCCAAAGAACUCGCAGGCUACGGCCUGCGCGUCGGAGCGGACGGCAAGAGAGCGCUCCAACACUGUCUUGAUCCAGAGAGCUUCAAGCGUUUCCUCGCCGCGACAACACCGGCUGGGAGUCAGUGGGCUUUUCGAGAUCCCCAACUGAGACUGCUAGCGCUGCGUGACGAUGCGAAGAUAUCAGGGAAGGCCGAAGCAGAUGUUGAGAGAAGGGCGGUGCAUCGCUUCGAAUUCCGGGAUAUCUUGCUGAAAGGCUUGACUGAUCCCUCUGUACAUUGGGGCAAGUCCUUCACGCAUUACGAGCAGCUCGACAACGGACGCGUACGCGCACACUUCGCCGACGAAACCAGCGCAGAAGGAGACAUCCUCAUCGGUGCUGACGGGAGUGAAUCAAAAGUCCGGGAGCAACGUCUCCCCCAUCUCCAGCGCGAACACCUCGGCAUAGUCAUCAUCUGUGGACGAUACCAGCUCGAUGACAUUCGUAUCCAGAAUCUGCCGACUCUUAUGACGGACGGGUCUCUCAACAACAUCGCAUACGUUGUUCCCAAGUCCCAAACACCCCAAGACGCGAAGGCUUUGACUCCUGAACAACUUCGCGACAUUGCUCUCGACGGAAUAAAGGACUGGACAACCCCACUGGUCACCGUCGUGAGGGAUGCUGAUCUUUCGACUGUCGCGCCCAUCGUCUUGCAGUCAAUGCCGCAUUUACCAGUCUGGGAGUCCAGUAAUGUCACGCUCCUCGGCGACGCAAUUCACAAUAUGACCCCUAUGGCUGGAGUCGGCGCGAAUAUUGCUCUUCGAGACGCUCAUGUCCUGACAGACCUUCUGAUUGAGGCGCAGCAUGGUAAUCUUGACCUCCUCGAUGUGAUGUGGGCGUAUGCGAAUGAUGCUGUGGCGUUAUCGCGGGGGAUUGCUGAGGAUGCGAGUUCGGAAGGAAGGUUGGGGAGAGUGGCCCACGCAAGUCCGAUGCAUAUGAAGGCGACGAUUGGGAAAAACGCAUUGGCAGAAUGA